AUGGCCAGCAAGGGUUUGCAGGACCUGAAGCAGCAGGUGGAGGCGGCAACGCAGGAAGCGGUGACAGUGACCGGAACUGCAGUGCAGCAAGUUGUGGAUCAAGCCAAGGAGACCGGACAGAAAGCCAUGGACCAGGCUGCCAAGUCCACCCAGGAAACCAUCGACAAAACUGCUAAAGAGGCCACGGAGAACUUCUCGGGCUUUGGGAGAAAACUGGGGAUCAUGAAAUGA